AUGUGCUAUCGGAUAUCUAUCGUCGAUGAGGUGUAUGUGAAAAAUUCCACUAUCGCGAAAGAAAUUCGCUAUCUAAAACUGUAUCUCGAAGGCCCGUGUCCAAGGCCCAGUCCAAGGCUAAUCUCAAGCCUAUCUAAUGUCCUAUCCGGAGCUCAGGUCCGGAGCUCACAUCGUAGCCGUCUCGAAACCGGCGCCAGCUCUAUUUCAGCUCGCUUCAAACGGCGCGCAUCGGGCAAGCCAGCAGUAGCCUCUCUGCGACCACCGUGCGUCCUCAAGCGACCAGCCCACCACGUUAGCUACUACCGACGCAGCUGUGCCUCAAUGAUAGUACUCUCGUUCAGUGAGUAUUGUUUGACAACACACUCCUCCGUAUGCUGCUCUUCGCUAGAAAUAUUAUCACGCAUUGACUCUUCGCAAGGCGACACAUUGGUAUAUAGUGACGACAUCACACGGCCGAUUCAAGCCAUAGGCGCAGCUGGUAAGCACAGACACGGUGGUGAUUGUACUGUCAAACUUAUAACACAAAAAUUAUUACAGCGCCAAUGCUCGACACUACCUGGCCGAUGGCUCAAUAUGUUCUUUCUCUUCAUUCUGCAUUGA